UUGGACCUCAGCAGCCUGGCAGUUCCCACAACUUCCCAAUCUGUUAGAGAGCAGUGAACCUCACUUGGACUUCUCUUAAGGCCAACAAGUGUUCUCCGGGCUUGGCUGGGACACAUUCCUUCUCCUUUCUGUGGAUCAGACAUACGUUUGAAGUGACAACAUUCACAGGCAUGGAGCUACACACUAGAUACAAAGCGGACACUGUUCCUGCCUGCAAGGAGUUCGUAAUCCAGGAGUACGAAUUAGACCCAGCCGAGCCAGAAGUAGGGAGUCGGUGGGAAAUUGCCUGGUUCUGGGGUCAAGCAAGCCACCCCUCUCACGUUAAGCUGUAUGACACUCGGCAAGUUGACCUUCUAUGCUUUAGUCUCUUCAUCUCUAAAAGGGAAGGUGAUAGUGCUUACCUCAUAGGGUUCUUGUUACCAUUAAAUAGGAGAAUUCAGGUAAGAUGUGUGGCCUAUGCAUGACAUGGUAGGUGCACAGUAAAUCUUUGUUGCACACAGGUGGAUAUAGUAGCUCAGUGUGUCAGUCCAGCCAAUUAUGAGUUGACCCAGAUGGCUACUAAUGUAAACUUUCUAAGAUACAAUUUUUAAAAAUUGAAGUACAGUCAAUUUACAAUGUUGAUGAGAAACCUUUGAGGAGGAGGAGAGGCUGAGGAGGGUCCAGGAAGUGGGGAGGUGGCAGGAGGUGAAUUACAGACUCUAAGAUGAAGGACCUUUGGGCCAUGCCAAGGAAUCUGAGUUCUUAUUCUAUGGCAACAAGGAACCAUUAAUGGCUUUAAACAAGAAGAAUGGUGCACUGCAAGCUGUGUCUUAGAAAUAUAAGUGGCAGUGCAGAAACGGACCAGAGAAGGGAGAGAAUGAGCUGUGGAAAUGAUGGAAGUGUGACGAGAUGAAGGCCACAACUAGGAUGGUGACAGGAGAGUAGAAGGGAGGGGAUAGAUACAAAAGGCUGGAUAACUGGACACUUGGCAACAGGACUUGGAGCCAACUGCCUGAACUGAGAGGGAAGGAUUCAAAGAGUACCUGCUCUGCUUUCUCAUCUGUAAGAUGCACCUAACUCAGAGAUUUGAGAAAUAUAUGAAAUAAUAUGUGUAGAAUCCUCAGAACUGUGCUUGACACACAGUAAACAUUAACAAACCAGGAGCUACUAUUCUCUUCACAUUUGUAUUUCACACUAUAAAGUAAAAACAAAGUAUCUGUUUAUAUGCAGUCAUCUUUGUGAAUCUCAACCUGAACAGCUCUGGCACACUGUUGAGAUGGAGUGUUGGAGUUUGUGAGAGUGGGGACCGGGGACCGACCCUGGAAUGUAGGGGAUGAAUCUGAGUACUGUCACUUUGGGGAGCACCCUGUCUGGCCUCCAGCCAACCUCCUUCUAGCAACACACCCCCUGCACCACUGCAUACUAUGAUUUUCUUUUCUGUUUACACUUCCUCAGGGUUGACACGAAACUUGACAGUCUGCCUAAAGAGCUGGUUAACAGAAUUAGCCACAGGCUGGACCAAUAAGCCUGAGUCCAGGAAACAGAUUUAAGAUAGUUCUGUAGAUUUCCAAAUCUAGCUAGUUCAGUUGUAUAAGAUAGGACAUGGUUAGGAACAUGCAGAUAAGGUUUAGUUAUUCUAGUUGGUUACAAAUGGAUUAUGUGAGUCAGGGUAUGAUAAACCAGCCUUCCUACCCAAAAGAUAAUGUAAUAUUAGGCUGCCUUGAAGGAAUACAGUGUCCCCAGCAGGUAAAGUGAUAGUUUAUAUCUUCUGGAAAGUAUCCGGAUCCUUCAAAGAACAUACAAAAUUGGGAGGGAUAUAUGGUGGAUUGGAAUUUAAUUUCUUGAGCUAUCAGGAUGCUGAAAAGAUUUGAAAACAUAUUAGCAAGGAAUAGUUGAAAGAACUGAGAUGCUUUAGCUGGGAAAAGAGAAGAUCUGGGGAGGAAAGUAAACCAGCUACAAUUAUUUGAAUGGCUGUAGUAAAUGGAAAAACUUGUUCUAUGUGUUCUCAGAAGAAUAAGGGCCAGAUAGACCCAAGUUGCAGGGAGGGAGAUUUCAUAUAACAUAAAAUGAACUUACUAAAAACUAGAGCUGAGAACAUUAACAGAAAUGUGCUCAUCCUCUUACCUGAAAUGUUAAAAUUGAAGUUGAUCAUCUUUAGAAGUGUUCCUUCAUUUGUUCAUUUAUUCAGGGAUUAAUACAUUCAUCCCUUCAACUAUUUUACAUACUGAGUGACAGUCACUGUUAUUUCAAAGCUUUACUGUAUUAACUCAUUGGGAUCUGAGAACAACCGUAUGAAGUAGGUACUGCACUUUACAGGUGAGAAGGAACAGAGAGGUUAAAUACUUGUUUAACACCUUACAACUAGUAAGAGGAAGAGCUGGGCUUUGAGCCCGGUCAGUGCAGUUCUAGCCAAUACUCUCAGCCUGACCAACACACUAGACUGCUUUUCUAGCGGUGCUGGGCUGAGUAUAGGUGUGUGACUUAUGUUGGGUGGGAGGUUGGAUGGAUUAAACCUCUUUCAACUCUGAAGAUCCUAUGAUGUUUAUUGAGCCCUAACUGUAUUAAAGAGAAUGUGUAGUAACUAUAGUAAAAACAACUACCAUUUUCCAGUACCUACAGGAGUUUUAUAUAAACCCGUGGUCCUUAACUCUGAUUCUUAUCCUUGGCUGCACAAAAGAAUUAUGUAGAGAGUGAGACUCUGAGAAUGGUAUGUUGUAAAAAGUUUUCCAACUGAUUCUAAAGUGCAGCCACAGUUGAGAACUAUGGAUAUAAGAUCUCAUUUAGUACUUACAAUAACUCUGCCAGAUGACUUAUUAUUCUGAUUUUACAUAUAAAAGGACUAACACAUUAAGGGAUGCUGGGGCUUGGCCCUUGGCCAACUUAACCUUUUUUCCUUGGAGAAACUGGGAUGUGAACCCAAGUGUCUGUGGCAUCAAAGCCUCAUCAGGUUACAAUACACCUUCCCAACCCCUUCAUUCUAAAAACAAACAAACAAACAAACAAACAAACAAAACAAACAAAUAAAGUCUACCUUAUUCCAUCUCACCAGUUGCACUGCUAAUCUCUGGCACGCCAGGAGCCCCUCCUACCUGACCUGCUCACCUGCUUUUCACAGGUUCAUCAGUCACCCUUUAUGACCCCCAAAUCUAAAAAUCUCAGUAUUUUUUGUCCUGUGUCGCUAGUUCAGAAGACAGGGCAAAUUCAUUUAGCCCCAGUAUUUUCUUUCAUACUAUACACAACCUGGUAUACCUAGGUUGGUGAUGUUAAUGUCUAUUGCAUGGUGGUAUUAGCCACCUGAGGAUUAUAUUGUCUAUGAUAACAAAAAGUGUGGUACUUUUGUCUUGACACCAUUUAACCUUUUGUUGUGGUUCAGAUCCUUUGUUUGCAGAGUGGUUCAGUUAGCAUAAUUGUUUCUUACCCAUUUUAUGAUCAAUUUAUGAGUAAAUUUAUUAGGUCUUACAGGCUCUUGAUUAGAAUCUAUACCCAGUUAAUGUUCAGUUAUAGGAUGUUAAAAAUGAGUGUAUGCAGACAAGGAAAGACUAAAGGGUAGGAAAUGAUCUCAUGAAGCUUUUAUUGGUGGGAAGCAGGAAAGAAAACUGAGAUGUAACUCACUGAGAGGUACUUGACCUACUGUUGCCGGCUUUGAAGGGAGCGUGACCCAGGGAAUGCAGGCAGCCUCUGGAAGCUUAGAAAAACUGACCUACAGCCAGCAGGAAAACAGAGACUUCAGUCCUACAACCACAGGGAACUGGAUUCUGCCAACAACCUAAGUGAGCCUGGAAAUAGAUUCCUCCCCAGAGCCUUCAGAAAUGAAGAGGGUUUGGCCCACACUUUGAUUUCAACCUUGUGAGACUCUAAGCAGAGAACCAGCUGAGUCACAACUGUGCUUGGAUUUCUGACCCAUAGAACUGGGAAGAUAAUAAAUGGGUGCCAUUUUAAGCUGCUAAAUUUGUAUGACAACAAUAGGAAAGUGAAACAAUACCUGUUUACAGACUGAAGUGUUAUUGAAAUUUGCAGACUAAAAUUUUUCAUUUAGUUCUUAAUUGAAUAGCAACAAUAGAAUAUCAGUUCAGUUUUGUUGAGGGACUGCCUUACCUCCACCUAUUUGGGGCCUGCAUCAUGGCACUUUAGAGAGUAGUUUCGUUUCCUUCCAGUACCUUAAAUGUUGAUUUUUAUCAAGGAAAUCUUCAUUUAGAGUGCUGCUUCAAUCAUGAUGAUCAGACCAUCCUGGUCAACCUCAGAUGGGUCUGAAUCAGUGAUUUAGAAGAGAAGUUUAUUCUGAGAUGAUAUGAAAAGAGAAUUGUCAAUUUCUUUUUCUUAGACUGUAAACUGUUUAGAGCCAAGGGCUGUAUAGUGCUCAUCUUUGUAUCAUCUGCAGGGCCUGACAUAGUAUCAUCUGUAUAUAAAGAUGACCAAUAGUUUUAAGAAUUGAACUGCUUUAAACUGUGGAGAACCUUGAAAUCAAGGGAGGAAAUGGCAUUGAGAUAUGUUUGUGGCUAUCUGAACAUGUUUACCCACAGUAUGUGAUCAUCUGCAACCAACCUGCCAUAACUGACGCUGCCUUGUAAUAGCAGAUAUUACUUAAUUAUUCAUUCUAAAGUGAGUCACUUGUAUGAGCACAGAAAGCAAGCCUGUGUAUCCAAACUGAAAGGAAUAUAAAAUGUACUAGAUGAUAGAAUUUGGAUUUUAAAGAUCUCCCAUCACCCGUGUCUUCAAAUGCCUCUUCCUUAACCCCAGACAUGAUUUAAUCUUCUUGCUAGAUGCACGCACAGCACCCUAUUUUUGGUAACACUCAUUAUAUUUUAAUUGCUUGUUUAAUACCUAUCUUUCUAAACAAGCUCCACAAAGUUAGGGAUCAUACCUCUCUAGUUCAGUACCAUAAUUUAGCUAACAUAAGAUUUGAUACAUAGAAGGUGUCCUCAACAAUAUUUAAAAAUUGAAAUUGGUUAGUAACACCAGGGGAAUUUGAUGAUGGGAGGAGGAAGAGAAGGAGGUAAACCAAAGGAAGGCUGGCAGAGGGUUAAUUUUUAUUUUCACUGUGGCUUUCUGGAAAACCAGAGGGCACCACGGUGAAAAGUUUGCCUGGAGGAAGGGAAUAUCUGAUUAUAUUUUGCCAUUCUGCAGAGGUCUCUGAUGGUGGCUGUACCCUCCUGAUGGUAAAGUCAUUUCGGAUACCAUGCAAACAUAGGAUUAUCAACACACAUGGUGUUUGGUUCUCAUGGAAUUUGGGGCAAAAAAAUCUGUCAGUGAUUUCUAUUUUACAGCUCUCUCUAUUUCUCUCUCUCAAUUUUGUGCUUACAGAGGAAAUGAAGGAACCAGAUGAUCAGGAUACUGAUGGGGGAAAAUCAGAUAGAUCAAAGAGUGAUGAAAGGCAGUCUCGGUCCUUUAAAUCUGCAACAAGAUCUGCUAUGAAAGAGGAUUACAAAUCUUUGGAAGAUACCACAGACGAAACAUUUACUGAAGGGGAAGAAUCAUAUUCAGGGGACAAUGACUCAUAUAUGGAACAUUUGGAAAGAAGUUCAAGUUCACUUCAAGAUGAUUAUGCAGAAAGCACUGGUGAAUCUCAGUAUAUGGAAACUCCUGUCCCAGCUGCAGAAGAGGCAGAGGAGGAAGUUAAGAAGAAAAUAUCAGAGAGCUUCUUCUACAAUUAUAUGGAACUUGUUUCGAUGCCUUUUGUGACUCCGGAUUCAAACAUACCACUGGAUCUUCUCACACUUGUACAUUCCUUUGGUUAUGACUGCAGAAAGCGGGCCAACCUACAACUUCUGGACAGCAAUACCGUGAUGUACAUAGCUGGGAACCAGCUGAUCCUUCUAAAUUUGAAAACCAAGGAACAGACCUACCUGCGAAGUAGCAGUGGCAGAGGAAUUGGUGUCAUUGGGGUUCACCCAUAUAAAACUUGCUUCACAGUAGCAGAGAAAGGAGUUUUCCCAAAGAUUAUCAUUUAUGAAUAUCCUUCUUUGAGGCCCUACAGAAUCCUUCAAGAUGGGACUGAACUGGCCUAUGCUUACGUGGACUUUAACUACGAUGGUACCCUGCUGGCCUCUGUUGGCGGCAACCCCGAUCACACACUAACCAUCUGGAACUGGAAAGAAGAGCAGCCCCUACUGAGGACAAAAGCUUUUUCCCAGGAAGUUUUUAAGGUUACUUUCAAUCCUGAAAACGACGAGCAGCUUACUACAUCAGGAUCAGGCCACAUCAAGUUCUGGGAAAUGGCUCUAACAUUCACUGGCCUCAAGCUUCAGGGUUUCUUGGGUCGAUUUGGUAAAACAGCCACUACUGAUAUAGAAGGUUAUAUGGAGCUCCCAGAUGGGAAGGUGCUCUCAGGGUCGGAAUGGGGCAACAUGCUGCUUUGGGAAGGCGGCCACAUCAAAAUCGAGCUGUGUCGAGCUGCAGGCAAGCCUUGUCACCAGGGUCCCAUUAACCAGAUAAUGCUGGACGAGGGUGAAGUCAUCACCAUUGGGUCAGAUGGAUGUGUUAGGAUAUGGGAUUUGGAGACAAUAGACACUGCUGAUACCACAGAUGAGACUGGAUUGUUAGAGAUUGAGCCCAUUAAUGAACUUCAAGUAGACAAGAGUGUCAGACUCUUCUCUAUGAUAAAAAUGAAUGAAACUGGAAAUAACUUUUGGUUGGCUCAGGAUACCAAUGGAGGCAUAUGGAAGCUUGACCUCAGUUUUUCAAAUAUUACCCAAGAUCCAGAAUGCCUCUUCUCUUUCCAUUCUGGAGCCAUUGAAGCCUUGGCCGUCUCCCCUCUCACUUACCUCAUGGCCACUACUGGCUUAGACUGUUCUGUUAGACUCUAUGAUUUUUCUAGCAAAACUCCUUUGCUUCAGACGAAAUUCAAACAAGGAGGUACUGCCCUUAUUUGGGUACCACGACUGGUAAGCUACACUGGAGGACAGAUUAUUGUAGGAUUUGAAGAUGGUGUUGUUCGAAUUCUUGACCUUUAUGAUCCAAAAGGGCUCACAAUUUUUGUGGGACGGAAGAGAAUUUUGGAUGCAGAUAUUCGACUAAAAAAGGCUUUCAAACCCCACACUGCUCCUGUCACUGCUUUAGCUUAUGACCGUGAUGGAGAAAUUCUAGCCACAGGGAGUAAAGAUAAAACUGUCUUCUUCUUCGAAGUGGAAAAGGAUUAUAAACCAAUCGGUUAUAUUACUACCCCUGGACCUGUUUGCCAGUUAAUGGGGUCUGCAACUUCUCAUCCUGAAAGUACUUUACUGAUAAUCUGUGAGAAUGGCUAUGUUCUCGAAGCUCCAUUUCCAACUGUAAAGGAGGAAGAAGAGGAUCAUGAUGUAGUUUCCUAUGAAAUCAAAGACAUGUGCAUAAAAUGUUUCCAUUUCUCAAGUGUCAAAUCUAAGAUUCUGAGAUUAAUAGAAAUUGAAAAGAGAAAGAAACGAAAGGAGUUGAAGGAGAAGGAAAAGGAGGAAAGAAGGAAGAAGCUAGCAGAAGAGAUGGGAGAAGAUGGAGAAAGGGAACUCCACAGGGAAGAGGAGGAGGAGGAAGAGGAGCCAUUGCCCGAAAUCUUUAUUCCUUUAACCCCCUGUCACAUCCUCUGUGGAUUCUACUCUGGACCAGGGAAGUUCUGGGUUUCUUUGGGCGGCUAUGAUUCUGGUUUUCUGUAUCACUGUGAGUUCCCCCCAUAUGACAGAAACAGUGAUAUCACAGCGAAGAAAGAUGAACCUUUUGAUUUCCGUCUUGUUGAGGAUACAGAGGAUAAUCCCAUCAGAACUAUCACUUUCAGCAUUACCCAAGAUAUGAUGUUUUGUGGAAUGCAAAAUGGAGCAAUUCGAGUCUAUAUCCUAAGUCACGACGAUCUUUCAUUGACCCACAUGGAGGAAUACUGGCACUUCAAUAUGCAUGACAAUGACUAUGGAUGUGUUAAGUCCCUCUCCACUAGCUUUGAUGAUCGUUUCUUGGUGACUGCUGGAGCAGAUAGUAAUAUCUUUGUUUUUAGCAUUCUUUCUGAAUUUGAGUUAAAGAAAGGCAUGAAAGCCAAAGUGCCAUCUCCAAGGUUUGGGAUAGAAUCAGAACCAAUUCCAGAAGAUAUUGAUGAUCCUAAAGCCUACAGUAUUGAGAAUGCCAGAAGAAAAAGAGAACAUGACAAAUUAAUGAAAGAAGUGGAAGAGAUCAAGGCUGGAAAGAGAGAACAAAUCAAAGCUUUGAGGAAUGAAUUAUGGAAACUACUACAGAUGAAUGAAGAAUUACCAAAACAUAUGCAGUUCAAACGGACAGAUUUUGAUCUAGAUUCCAAAAUUCGUGCUGAGAUUGACAGAAAAACUGCUAAUAAAAUUCAUCAAGUGGAGAAGGAAUUAGCUUGGGAAAAAGAGAAACAUCACCUUGGCCUAAUGAAGCUACAGAAUAGAUUUCGUGAUUCAUUGGAAAGUGAUACUAUUGUGGUUCAUGCCAUACAAAGUGAUCACAAGAUAUCCUCCUAUAGGCUUGUGAAACCCUCUAAAUACACCAAAUCCAAACGGGCAAGUCAGUCAGAGAGAAGACCAAGCAAAUUCGAGAGGUUUGAAAAAGAGGGAACUGGAAGAAAGGAAAGCCAGAAAGAUACCGGUGGGAGUACUAGUGUGCCAGAAGAGUCAAUUAUAGAAAAAGGGAAGAAAUUUCGGCCUAAAACCCUAAGUGAAAUUAUGGUGGAAAAUCAAAUUGAGAAAACGAGGAAACUUAUACUAAAAGCUGAAAGGGCCCAACUGAAGAUUCAGCAGAGAAAAAAGGAAUGGGAAGAACUGUACAAGAGUAAACCUGAUGAUGACUAUGAAGAUCCCAAACAUGUCCAAGCCAUCAAAGAGGCCCAGCUGUAUAUGGGGGACUUCAACCUGAAGACGGCCCCAGACUAUAAGAUACCUGAACACAUGAGAAUAAAUGCUGCCAAGAAGGAAGAGGACCUGGGAUACCUUGACUCUGUGGCCUAUUCAAAGAAAAUGCACAUGAACAAGUGCAUCGUCUCUCUCCGAGAUCUGAAGGUGGCUGUCAUCGAGGAAAUACAGUGCCUGGUGCAAGAACUGAAGAAUAUUCAGUCGACUCUUCACAUAUCCAAGCACGUCCCGAUUCCCCAAAUCCCUGAGAUACACCCGGAAGAAGUUCCAGAGAAGAGAUUUCAGUAUGACGAGAAAACCCUCCUAGCUUUUAAGCAACAGCUGAUGGAAAAUCAGGAUGAAAAGUCCCCGCAGGGGGAACAGGCAGGGUCUGCAGGCUCAGCUGGAGGAUUCCUCAAACUCUCUUCUGGAAAGGACGGGGAUUUGACGACACGUGAUUCCUCGUCUAGAUUGUUAAAAGUAUCAACAUUCAGUCUAGAUAUUCCAAAGUUCAUGGAAUUUGAAAAAGCAGAUCCAACCGAAGUGGAGCUGGAGAUUAUGAGGAGGGAUGAGAUUAAACACUUGUACAUGCAGCAGUAUUUGAUCAACAGGAUCAAAGAACUGAUUGUCACUUUUGAUGCAGAACUCCGUCUCCUGAGACAUCAGAAACUGAAACUAGAUACUCAGAUGAAAUUAUCUGACCUGCACCAUGUCACGUUAUUUCAGGAAAUACUUCUCCUCAAGAAUUUUGAAAAACAGGAGAACAUACUUCAAGAGCGUGUUAAUUCAUUAGACAAAGAGGAACAGGACAUGCAGUGGAAAAUAAAUGAAACUCUUAAAGAGAUGGAAGAGAAGAAGAAUGAAGUUGCCAAGCUCCAGGAGCAAGAAAAGGCCCUCUAUGCUGGUUUCCAAGCAGCUCUUGGAGAAAACAAUAAAUUUGCUAACUUCCUCAUGAAGGUAUUAAAGAAGAGGAUUAAGCGGGUAAAGAAAAAGGAAGUUGAAGGAGAUGCUGAUGAAGAUGAGGAAAGUGAUGAGACAAGUGAAGAAGAAUCCGGCUUGGAGAGUGACGAGGAUGAGUCUGUAUCUGAAGAUGAGGUUUUUGAUGAUUCUAUCUGCCCAACACAUUGUGACAUGGGUCUCUUUGAACUGGCCAUUCAACUUCGAGAGAAAAGGCUGGACAUUGAAGAGGCCUUAGUUGAAGAAAAGAAAAUUAUUGAUAACCUCAAAAAGGAAUAUGAUACAUUGUCCAAAAAAGUGAAAAUCGUGGCAACUAAUCUGAACGCAGCAGAGGAGGCCCUGGAGGCUUAUCAACGCGAGAAGCAGCAGCGGCUGAAUGAACUACUGGUCGUGAUUCCACUCAAGCUCCACCAGAUAGAGCACGUGGUGUUUGGAGAGAUCCCUAGUGAUCUUUCCGGAACGUUAGUCUUUUCUAACCGCUCCUUGGGACGGCUGCAAGAGCGAAUCGUACACCUCCAGGAGGAGAAUGCCAAGCAGCAAAAAUUGAACAGAGAAUGCCGGGAGAGGCGUAAACAGCUCAUCCGAGAAAAGAGAGAGAUGGCAAAAACUAUUCAGAAAAUGGAAGAAACAGUUAGUCAACUAAUGAUCAGCAAGUUUGGCCGUGUGAUAAACCUAGAAGCCCUUCAGACACUUUCUGUGAAUAUGACACUUGAAGAACUGAAGAUUAAAAAACUCCGAAAGGAGCUAGCAAACGCAAAGGAGAUGAAGAUGUGGGAGGAAAAGAUUGCUCAAAUGCGAUGGGAAUUGAUGAUGAAGACCAAAGAACACACCAAAAAGCUUCAUCAGAUGAAUGAUUUAUGUAUUGAAAAGAAGCAGCUUGAUUCUCAGCUGAAUACACUACAGAACCAGCAGGGCAAUGUCUUCCAGAGCCUUCGGAAAGCAGAUAUUGUGGCAAAAGAGAAGGUCACUGAAUUGAUCCAAGUCCAGGCAGAAAGGAUUUUGGCCUUAAAGGAAGAGAUCGCUGUUUUGCGUAAGAAAGGUGGCCUUAUCCUCCCACCCAUUCAUCCUCCGCCAGACAAUGUAUGAAGCCCUGGGGCCUUUUAUUUUGCUUUUAUCCUACUGUUUUAAAGUGAACUUAUUUAAAAGCUGAAAACCAGAUCCAGUCAUGUCGUUUUAAUAAUUUUUCCCCACUUGGUUGUCUUAGAACUGACUGUAGUGCCCAACACCUCCUUGUUAUUGAACUGAACCAUUUUCCAUGUGUUUGGAACCAACUGGAUCGAAUAUGAAGUCUCAGAAGGCUGUACCUCAAAUCGCCAGAAAGCGCCUGUAAUAUAUCCUGCUUUAGGAAACUUGUUUUGUAGUUAUCUGAAUUUUCAGUCUUUGACAAGAAAAUCUAUCAUUCAAAGUAAACCUCCUUUUCUCAAUCA